AUGGUCACCGGAGGCACCGGCCUCGUCGGUAGCGCCAUCAAGGAGGUGAUCGACGCCGAGGGCAACUCCGAGGAGAAGUGGGUGUACCUGAGCAGCAAGGACGGUAACCUCUGCGACCCCGCCGCGGUGGCUGCCAUCUUCGACAAGUAUCAGCCGACCCACGUGAUCCACCUCGCGGCCAAGGUGGGCGGUCUUUUCGCCAACAUGAAGCACAAGGUGCAGUUCUGGAGGGACAACGUCAACAUGAACGACAACAUCUUCCAGGAGUGCCACAAGCGCGGCGUGCAGAAGCUAGUGUCAUGCCUCUCCACCUGCAUCUUCCCCGAUAAGACCACCUUCCCGAUCGACGAGACCAUGAUUCACGACGGCCCCCCUCACUUCUCCAACGAGGGCUACGCCUACGCCAAGCGUAUGGUUGAUGUCCAGAACCGCAUGUACAAGUCCCAGUACGGGUGCAACUUCACCGCUGUCAUCCCAACGAACAUCUUCGGAAAGCACGACAACUUCCACCUUGAGGACUCCCACGUCAUCCCCGGUCUGAUCCACCGCGGUUUCAACUGCAAGAAGGAGGGAAAGUCCUUCGACAUCUGGGGCAGUGGCAAGCCCCUUCGCCAGUUCAUCUUCUCCAUCGACCUGGCGAAGCUCAUGAUCUGGACGCUCAGGUCCUACGACGAGGCGGACCCCAUCAUCCUCUCCGUCGGCGAGGAGGACGAGGUGCCCAUCUCCGACGUUGCGUACGCCGUGGCCAAGUCCCUCGACGCCAACAUCGGAGGCACUCCCCUGGAGGUCACCUUCGACACCUCCAAGGCGGACGGGCAGUUCAAGAAGACCGCCAACAACCACAAGCUCAGGAAGUAUCUCCCGGACUUCAAGUUCACCCCAUUUGAGGAGGCGAUGGACAUCACCGUCAAGUGGUUCCUGGAGAACUAUGAGACCGGCGGCGUGAGGAAGUGA